AUGAACUCUAAACUACUAGAACCCGGCGGCGCCGCAGAUGACGACAUCAUCAGCAGCCUUCCCGACGACGUGCUCCUGCACAUCCUCAGCUUCGUGCCCACCACCGAGGACGCCGUCCGCACGAGAGCCCUCUCGCGGCGGUGGCGGCACGUCUGGCUCUGCCUCCCGGCCUUGGCCUUCUCCGACAUCGGUAAGAAACCAGCGUCGGGUCUCGACGAGCUGAUCGUCGCGGCGCUCGCUCACAACCACGAUACGCUCACGAUCCACCUCCAGCAUCCUCGCCACAAGCUCCGCGCCAACGCGUGGCUCCAGCAGGCCGCACAGCGCGUGCAAGGAAAGAUCAGCCUAACCCUGGAGGAAUACCGCCCUAAAACAAUUGAGGACCGCCAAUGUGGCAAUGUCGUGCUGGACCUUCCCUGCAGCGGCGAUGCGAGGACGGCCGCCAUGUCGUUCGACUCGUUCAUCUUGGAAGAAGAUAAACUAUCAAUCCUUAGACUGCCAGUGGCGCCGGCGGUGAACGGCUCGCUGACCGAGCUGGAGCUAAAGAAUAUUCGGUUGGAGGGCGGCAUCCUCUCGGAUUUCGUGUCGUCUUGCGGCCAGCUACGAAGGCUUCUCCUACAUCUUGUUUGGGGGGUGGACGGCCCAGACCUCAGGAUAUCCAACAAGCUCCUCGAAGAGCUUGAUGUAAAAAUGAUUCUAGGAGGCCUAGAGCGUCUGGAGGUGUCGUGUCCCAAGCUCCGCUCCCUUCGCGUUCAGGGGCUCGGCUGGCCCGGUUCCAAGAUAAUGGCUAGAUUCUGCACUCCCUGCCUCGAGGAGAUAUACUGGCCCUUCAGCUACUCGUUACCCAAGAGUGAGGUUGACUUCCUUUGCGGCAUGGACACGGUCCGCCGGCUCAACGUCGGGCUAUUUACGCACGUCCAAACAUAUGAAUCCCACCUCGGCCAUUGGCUUCUACGGAGUUGCACCGGCGUCCACCAUCUCGAUGUUUCCCUAUGGAGUGACAAAAUGGUGGGCAACGUCUACGUUCUGAAUUUGCAAGACAUACCAUGUCUAUUUAUUAUUUCUUAA